AUGUACAUGUACUGUUUUUACAGUGUUAGAUCCUAAUCUUGCGGAUUAACUUGUGUAUUAUCGGUGGAGAAACCGCUUUUCAUUUUAUUUGUAUGUUUCCUUUUUGAACCUUGAUGAAAUAUGGACGGGAAACCGACAACUCCAAUUAACGACAACCCUUACAAAUUGACGCAUCUUCAAAAAAGUGAGUAUCUGAUCAUAUUUCUUUUGGUGGCCGUUAUCGCGAUCGUUAUAACUCUUGCUAUUGCGUGGGUAGUUUGGAAACGAUGGUGUGGCGAAGAACUGAAAAGAGCAAGAGAAGACAGAGAAAAUGGAUUUGAAGCAGCAACAGAAUUUGAACACGCUUCUACACCAAUUCAUUACUCGAGACCAAUGAUGUCUAACCUACGACGAUUAAGCAGUAGCAACAGCAGGAGUGAAAGUAUAUCCUCAUUACCACGCUACAGUGAUUUAAAUCCAAACUUUUGGCAAAGCAUACACCAACGAUCGGUGGAACCAUCUGCACCCGCUUUAGAAAGUUUCCGAGGGCCUUCAACUGUACCUGCCAGCAGUUUGGAAACAGUUUCGUCGGAGAUGGGAAGGCAAUCAGAAGCAACAAAUUCCACUGCAUCAAGAUUGCCUUCUUAUGAAACUAUUAUGAGAGACCAUCAAUGAAAAUGAGCAAUCAUGCUGCCAUUUCGAAAAUACCGACAUAUGUCGCUAAACAAACGCCGAUAGAACGAUAUUUUGACGAGUCUAACAGACAGACUCGUCCUACAAUCUCGUUAACGGGCAUUUAAAUCCAUUUUUGAGUUCUUUUUAACUCUUCUUAUUCAAAUUGUGUAUUAUAUUACCAGAGAUUGAAGUUAUUUUUUGUUGCUUUUCUACACUGUGACUAUACUAUUACAUAUGUUGCCCUAUAUAUAACAUUUCGAAUAUUGUUUUUGUUCAUCUUAUUUUUAUGGAGUGUGUAAAGAAGAGUCAACGCGUCAGCUAAAAAUAAAUGCUUAAAACAUGAAGAAGUAUAAUUA